GUCGACUGUCAUUCAAAUUCUGUUAUUGCUUAUUGAUUUGUUGACGAUUUUGAUAUUUUGAAAAUUAUUUUGUAUUAAUAUCAGUUAAUUAACCUGCUAUUUACAAAAAAUAAAAACAUUAAAGACUAGGACAAUCGAAAUAUGGAAUUCAUGGAUUAUUAAGUGAUUAUGUCGGCACGUAAAUAUAUUUUAUCCGCUCGAGAGAGAAAUAUUAAUAAAAUUAUUGAUUAUUUGCCUCAAAUAUCUCAACAAAGGGCUAGCUAUCGGUCAGGUCAAGAAUUACCUGCACUAUCUGCGAAUUCUAGUAGUUUCGUUAACAGAAAUCUCACUUAUUCAUACAAGAUACCUCAUUAUGCAGAUGAUAGUUUAGAGAGAGCUAGUACACCGUUUUCUGAUUUUUUCUCAGAAAGUGAAACAGAUUUUCAUAGUGAAGAAAGCGACAGUAGCUCUGGUUCAGCCCUGAGAAGGAACACAGCAGAGGCAACCAAGAGUUUGACCGAAGAGUGGGAGAGGAUUGAAAGGACUCUGUAUGAUGAGGAAGGGGAAAAGUGUUCUAGACCAAAUAUUCUUGAAGAAUGCCGGCAAUGGAGACAGCUGCAUCCACAACUCAGAAUCGUUGGUAAAGCUAUACCGCUACCGGAGAAAAGGUUCCAUCGUCAAACGGAACACGAGGAGGUCAUUGCAAUGCAUUACAGUGAUUAUGAACAGUUCAGUGAGAGCGAAGAGAGAUUAUCACAGAGUAGCACAGACGUUACCCCACAGAACUCGCCGCGCGUGUCUAUCACAGAUGAUAUAUACGAGCCAAAAUUAUCAAGAGAGAAAGUUUCUUUCAAAUUUGAGGAAAGUUCUGACCUCCCAGACACCUUCUGUUCGUUAUUACACAUAACACCGAUUCAAAUACGUAGCCCGUCGCACAGAAAGCGACCGAAUCCCUCAAUACUCCGUUCUGAUCUGGCCUCAUCGAGAUGGAUGAGAAAUGCAAGACCGGGCUCGUCGAUCCACUACGAAAGGAACAGUGCCAAGUCUUUUGUUUCUCUCGAUACAAGGAACUAUAACAGUAUUGUCACAGAUAACAGUAAAGUGUUGAAUGCCAGGGUUUUGACAGCAAGGCAUAGAGAAUUAGCAAAAUUGGAACCUCUUUACACGCCCGACUAUCCACCAAAUGAGGGAUCUAAAAUUUGUAAUGGUAUACAAAAUCAUUUUAAUGUCAGAAAAGUUUCCCUUCCUCCGCUACUUUUGGAAGAAGAGAAGAAAAAAGUAUCUAUUAGUUCAGCGAAGAAGUUACGCUCGAGGAAAAUGUCAAAAGGUUAUUUAGAUAAAUUUAAGCUUGGCUAGAUAGAAAUUGUCACAGGCUUGUUAACUAUUUAAAAAAUAUACAUAUUUAAUUUGAAUAACUAUGUAACUAGCUUGUUGUUAUAAAUGUCAGAGUUUUUAAAUUGUCAAUUUUUUCAUGAAUUCUUUACCAUAAAAACCUAUAAUUUUUAACACAUACAGUAUUAUUAAAUAAAUUAUAUGUGAUGUUAAUUUAUUGUACAUAUGUGCUUGUAACAUAGUAGAAAAUGAAAAUAUAUAAACUAUAUUAUUUUUUAAA